AUGGCUGCCGCUGAAAUUUCGAAUGGAAACUUUUCUGAAUCAUGUUCUAUCACCAAAACUUUGAAACCACUCGGUACUGCACCACUUGACGAGGAUACAAUCGCACAUUAUGUAUUGCCAUUAUUUUCUUGCAUUUUAAAACGUGAUGUCAAAGAAACAUACCUUGCAAAUCAUUCGUUAGGCCGUCCACUAGACGCAACCAUUAACGAUCUAGCUGAAGGAAUGAAUGCUUGGUAUACCCAUUUGGACGAAGCAUGGGAUCCAUGGUGGAAAGAAAUGGACGCCUGGCGCGCCGCAACAGCGAAUCUUCUGAAUGCAUCCCGUGCUGAUUGUAUCGUACCGAAGACGAGUGCUGGUCAAGGCUUACGUUCUGUACUAAAUAGUUUCGGCACGCCACCACGCGUGCUAACCACUACAGGAGAAUUCGACUCACUCGACCAUAUUCUAAAACAGUAUGCAACUACUAAUCAUGCCACAGUCACAUGGGUAGCAGCGCGUGAAGAUGGCUGUUUCUACGUAAACGAUCUCAUUGAUAAGCUCAAUGAUGUUGACCUUGUGGUUGUCUCUCAUGUGUUCUUUGCUACGGGUCAAAUAUUGGCCGACUUGCCACAGCUUAUAUCCGCUACACAUCAAGUAAAUGCCUAUAUUCUACUUGAUGUUUAUCAUAGUUAUGGUGUACUACCACUCGAUGUGACUGCACUUGAUAUUGAUUUUGCUGUGGCUGGUAGCUAUAAGUAUCUACGCGGUGGACCAGGCGCAUGUUGGCUAUAUGUUUCACCUAAAAUAUUGAUGACUGAACGUACUACACGUGAUACUGGAUGGUUUGCGAAGAAAGAUCCAUUUAGUUAUCAUCGUGCUAUACCACCAAUCCUCGCAGAUGGUGGAAAUCGUUGGUUGGAAUCAACAUUCAAUCCUCUGAGUUUCUAUCAGGCGCGUGCAGGGUUAACCUUUGUGACCACAAUUGGAGUAUCUCGUCUUCGAGCUUGGUCCUUAAAGCAAAAGCGUUUUAUCGCUGAAGCUUUGCGUCGAAAUGGUGUAUUCUGUCGUGGAGAAGGAGAAGAGUACGGUGCUUUUUUGAUAGUUUCUCAUAAAAAUUCAUCGGACUUUGUCACACGACUUAAGACUGCUGGCGUGAAUGUUGACGCACGCAAUGAAGGAGUAAGACUUACUCCAGACAUACUCAACACUGAAACACAACUUACACGUGCGGUUGAAAUUAUAGCAGAACUGUUUUGA